ACAUUUUUACAAUUUUUACCGAUUAAGAACCCCGAUCGCCCCAGCGCGCAUACACGCGGAGAAAAACCCUCGAAGGCGAAAAUGGAGGAGCGCGAGUUCCGACGCCUCCUCGAUCUAUUCCCCGUCGUUCGAUCUCGCGACUAUUGCGCUGAAUCGGGAUCAACAAGUGCUUCGACUUCAAGGCCGGCACAAAACCAGAUAUCGGAGCGGAAUAAUGCUUGGGACGAUUCGGAAGAGAAAGAUCUUAAGGAAAUCAAUAGCGAAGAUAAGUUUUGGCAGAAAUUAAGGGUGGCUGCUGAGAAAAAGGUUGGGCCGGCGAAAGCUGAGCAGUUCUGUGAGGCAUUUAGAAUGGCUCAUGAAACUCUCGUGCACAAGGUACUGAGUGUAGAUGCAGCGCAAAAGUUCAUCAAUGCAGAGGGAAACUGAUGUCGUCGGAGCUCUAAGAAACUGUCUCAAACAUAUAUUUUGUAUCAAACACAUUUGCAUGCUAGCUUUCUCACUCUCUGAUCAAUCACGAAUUUAGCCGCUGACGCGUAGUUCCAGUUUUGGCUUCAUCAUUGAAGUUUCGGUUGUAGCAAUUUGGUCCCUGAAUUUGGUCUAUUUUACUGUUCAUCCCCGACGGUUAACUCUUCAGAUGAUGAAUCCGAGUUUGUAUCUUUUUUCAGAUGGUAACUUAAUGAAUGACUUGAUUGCUGCUGUCUGGUACCAGUUUCUCAGCUUGAUAGUUAAGAUUGAAAGCUUAGGGUGUAAUUAUUUCUUUGACUAGGACCUGUAAUUGAUCUCUCUCUUUCUCUCGAGAUGGUUGUAUGUUUGGUGGGUCUUUGGAUUACUGUGACCUAAAUUUGCAAACUUCAAAA